AUGAGCAAAGACAACAUUUCUUGGUCUAUUUCAUAUUUACGUUUUAUUGUUUUAUUUCUAUUUAUUAUCUAUGUAUCGGCAAAAAAUACCGAUAGUAUAAUAAAUGAUCAAUAUGAUAAUAAUGAUGCGGAAAUAAAUAUUCAUUUACCAUCCGAUAUUUCUUUCUUAUUUAAGAGCAUCAAUAAUCGUUUAGAUCAUCAUCCACCAAUGGUAUAUGAUUUUGAUAUAAAAAAUGAUCAACCUGUUAUAAUACCAUUUAAAAAACGUACAAUUCCAAUUGAACUUCAAAAGGCACUUUAUGCUCAUGGAAUUGUUGGUCGACGCCGUUAA